CAUCCGGCCCUAACGGGCCAGCAAUGCCCCCGGGCUUCGUGUGCCUUCGCCCAGGCUCGGCUUGCCCGGCGCGCCUCCCGCGCGGGGCCGGCCGGGGGAAGACCGCGCCCUCCGACAGCCCUAGCUCGUCCGAGCCAGGCGCAGCGGGCGUGGGCUGCGCCGCUUGCUCCGCGCCUUCGCUUUCGAUUCCCGGCGCGGCGGGAAGGGCGGGCGCGGCGGCAGGAAACGAAACCGGGCGGCUGCAGCGAGUGGCGCGGCGUCCAGGAGGCAGCUGCGUGAGGAGCUUUCCGGCAGGAUCCAGUGGGAGGCAGGCAGUGGGACAGCAGCUGGAAGCGCCCUCCAGGGCUGGCGUGUGGUGCAGCCCCUGCCUGAGGCCGGAUCGUCCAAGCCUCUGGGCAGAGCUAUCCUCCGAUCUCUACAUCCCACUGACCAGCGCAGACCUAGCGCCCACACCUGCCACAGGUUGGUUCAAAAUGGCAUCUAAGAAAAAGCUUAAUGAAUAUUGUCAAGCAUGUGGAUUAAAGGUGUCGUAUGAGGUUGUCAGUGAGGAAGGCCCACCUCAUGAUCCCAAGUUCACUGUUAAGGCUGUAAUAGGUAAAAAAGAAUACCCUCCAGCUGAAGGUCGAGCCAAAAAAAAAGCAGAAGAUGCAGCAGCAAAAGCUGCAUUGGAAUCUAUUGAAAAAGAAGGGAAGCCUGAGAGUGCCUCAAAUGUACAACCUUCACUAUCACUGCUACCACCAGCACCUUUAGCAGAUGUAAUAGAAAAGAAACCGCCACCUUCUAGAGUGGACUAUAUUUCUUUAUUGUCCCAAUAUCAACAGAAGAACCACUGUAUGGUUACCUAUUCUGAAGAGUUGCAGUCUGGAUUACCUCAUUUACCUGAGUUUACUUGUUCUUGCAAAAUUAAUGGGAAGGUUUAUGGAAAAGGCACUGGAAAUAGUAAACAGGAGGCAAAGUAUGCUGCAGCAAAAGAAGCAUAUCACCGGUUAAUGGAUUCAGAAAAUUCAAGGACAGAGGACCAACCAUCUAUUGCCAGUUCCACAGCUGAUGAAUCUAGUGAUACCAGUGAGUCAGUAUCAAAUUUUGCUUACUCUCUGAACUCAGUUGACACAGGAAAAACAAAUGACAGUUCUUCAUCUUGUCAGGCAAUUUCCAGGAAUGCUGUUGUGAAACCUAAGAGAGGAGGAGUGACACUGGCACCUAAAUUCUCACAUCCAGAGACCAAGAAAAAUAAGUACACAAUGAAUGAAAGAUUUCUCAAGGAUUUUGAAGGUAUAGAGUUUAUUGGUUCUGGUGGAUUUGCGAAUGUUUUCAAAGCAAAACACAAAUAUGAUGAGAAAACCUAUGCUAUUAAACAAGUUGAGCUUGAUGAUAAAGUAAAACGUGAAGUAGAAGCACUAUCAAAUCUCAGCCAUGAAAAUAUCAUAAGGUAUUACACUUGUUGGUCUGGGGAUGACUUCAUCUUUGAUGAGAACAAUUCAAGUCAAAGGAAUUGCCAAUCAUAUUCUUGCCUUUUCAUCCAAAUGGAAUUUUGUGAGAAAGGGACACUAGCAGAUUGGAUUGAUAAGCAAAGAGGGAAGCAACAUAACAAGGGUGUCUCUCUAAACAUAUUUAAACAAAUAGUGAAAGGAGUGGAAUAUAUUCAUUCUGAAGGUUUAGUCCAUAGAGACCUUAAGCCUCAGAACAUAUUCAUUUCAAGGGAAGAUAAAAUAAAAAUAGGUGACUUUGGACUUGUAACAUCAGUGAAGGAUGAGCCUCGGACAAAAAACAAGGGAACAAAAUCAUAUAUGAGCCCAGAACAGGAUGGAGACACUUAUGAACAGGAAGUAGAUAUAUAUGCAUUAGGAUUAAUUUUUUUUGAAAUUCUCUGGAUAUUUCCCUCUGCCCAUGAAAAAAAUAAGUUGUGGCCGGAAAUAAGAAAAGGCACAUUUCCAGGUGCUUUCAUCACUCAGUUUAAUGCAGAGAAAUACAUCAUUGACCAACUGCUUUCAGCAGACCCUAAAAAGAGACCUGCAGCAUCCAAGAUACUGGACCUUUUGAAAAUCACUUCUAAAAAUAGUGUUACUGCCUCACACACACAUUAAUCUGCUUUUAAAGAAACUUUCUCACUCUGUUUAGAUAUGGAUAUUGAUUUCUUUCAAAACUGGAGAAAAACAAGCUUAUUUAGUACCCUUGACCAAACCUUUGGGUUGUGGGAAUGAAAGCUGCUUUUAUGAUGUGAUUAGGACAAAUUGCUAUUUACAAAGACCUUGGAAUGAAAUAGAGCGUGGGGUCCUCAUACUUCCUCUCAUCUAAGAGCUUGUGGUCAGUACCCUCUUUCACAAGCAGAUAAGCAGAAUCAUGGACCCAGGGUCAUUUUCUUCCAGUGUUGUGGAGCACUAGUUCAUGGUACUUGAGAAGAAAACAGGGGAAAGUUCCUUUUUGUGGUGUCUGGUAUGGAAAAGCAUGGAGGGGACCAAAUCUGACCCUUAAUGUUGCUGCUGCUCCCAGUUUAUAAUUGCUUGCUCUAUCACAGUAAUUCAAUAGUCAUUUCAUAGUCACAGUAUAAUAGUCAUUUAAUUUUGUGUCACCAAGAAAUAUGAACAUUUCUAUUUCAGAGAAUUUAGGAAAGCUUCCAACAGUGUUUCAGCUGCACUACUGGAAGUCUUAUUGGAGAGCAGGCUUUUAUGGCUUCUGCUGCCUUCAUUGUUUCUCAGAGUCUGCUAAAAGCCUGGAAGCUGCUCCAGACAAGGUCUCUGUGUUGUGCUGGUAACCUAGCUGUAAUAGUAUUUUAUAAUUAACAAGUGCUGUUCCCAAAGCUUUGCUGAUGCUAACACAUGAAGGAAAAAUUUGGGGCCUCUUCAAAUGCAUCACAACCUGAUUUUAUUCCAAGUAGUAUACUCUAUUGAAAACUGAAGAUGGCAUGUGCCAAAUGAAAAAAGGAUAAGACAUUUCUAAAGACUGUAAGCAUUUAAAUUUUUCUUUAUACCACAAAGGUAAUAUACUAACAAAUUGCUGUUGCUAAACAGUGUUGCAGUAAAUUAGGAGAGCUUUUCAAACAGUAUGAGGAACUUAAAGUCACUUAAUUCAUUUUUAUUCUCAAAGGAAUUUUAAAGUGAGCUCCAUAGAAGCUUGAUGAUGUGCCAAGUUAACAGUACUUAUUGGUUUGUUUAUAUCAGAGAAGCCUGGGAUUUGAAUCUGAAAUGAAAAAUCUACCCCACCUAAGGCCCCUUUGUUGGGUCUAAGAUAUCCUUUUAGUAGCAGCUGCGAUGAGCAGUGUGGCCUGCAGUCUCUAUUGACUAUAGAGGAGAGGCUAAAGGACCUGAACCUGUUCAGCCUCCACAAGAGAAGGCUGGGGGGGGGUGUCUAGUGGCUGCUUACAAACUAGUCAGAGGGGACCAGCAGGCAUUGGGAGAGUCCCUGUUCCCCCGAGCUCUACCAGUAGUGACAAGAAAUAAUGGUCACAAGCUGGCUGAGGGUAGAUUCAGGCUAGAUAUCAGGAGGCGCUACUUCACUGUCAGGGCGGCUAGGAUCUGGAACCAACUUCCAAGAGAAGUGGUGCUGGCUCCUACCCUGGGGGUCUUUAAAUGGAGGCUGGAUGAACACCUUGUCAGGGUCGUUUGACCCCAGUACUCUUUCCUGCCAUGGCAGGGGGUCGGACUUGAUGAUCUGCUCAGGUCCUUUCUGACCCUACCAACUAUGAAACUAUGACUACUCAUGGUUAGAGCCUGUGGGUAGAUGUGCUGUAUCUGCUCUACGUGUGCUGACUCCCAAGCCCAAAGCAGUGUAGUGCUCAGCUGUGCCUCAGCAAAGUUUGUUGGUGUGCCUGCAGUACCAUACUAAUUCAGCUGCCAUUUCCCAUUCAGAAGCUAGCAAGCUCAGAGGUGCCCUAUCUCAGCACAAGGUCACUUUAUAGACAUACCUUGUGAUACUCCUUACCUCCAUCAUCAUGUGUGGCACCUGGAAUAUGUUUCCAGGUAUAAUGCAGUGUGAUGGUGUACAGAUACCCAAGGUAAGGCAGGCAUGAGGAGCUGUCACUGCAGUGCUCCACACAGGCUAAUAUACUUGGCUAGGAAGGGCAUAUUAGCAUAGGUGGAAUGUGAGCCUGACAUGGGUGUCCAGUUUCCAUUACUUGAACUAACUCAGUGGUUUCGACACAGCUCUGCAUUAGACUUAGUAUGGAGAUGAAUUCCAGGAAGGCACGUAAAACAGACCAAGUGGAUGAAAGGGAGAAUGAUAGAAUCAAAGGACUGGAAGGGACCUUCAAGAUUGAGUCUGGUCCCCUGCCACGGGCAGGAAGUUUUUGGGCUCAAACGAGCUCAACAAGAUGCUUGUCCAGUCUCAUCUGGAACACCUCCAAGGAUGGUGACUGCACCACACUCCCAACAGAGAUUCUAUGAUUCUAUGAUUCUCCCCUACAUCCACCUGGUCUGCUUUACUUGCACCUACAUCUGUAUACCAGCAUGGCCAUAACGUGUGAGUUCUCUGCCCUGGGCAAAACUCUUCUGCCGUAUGGGAUGCGAGUCUUACUUACCCGGGUUGUCCCAGCACAUGGCUCCUCAGGCUGGGUGGUGCAGGGCUGCUGUGGCAAAGACUGGCUGGGGCAUUAUUCUAACACCUGCUUUAAAUCAGUGCCUGAGGCUGCUGCCCCACUUGCCUUUAGUUGUACUGUUGGUUACCAAACCCUAUAAGGAAUGGUAUUUGUAGUUAGGGGAGAUUGUAGUGCUUUUAAAUCAAUGAAGGCACAUCCAGUAGAGUGGAGCGGCAUAGUGAGAGCUCAGUAAAAUAGUCUCCUGCCAUCGAUGUUGCCCAAGCCUUUCCCUCUUUUCAAUGUUAUCCCAACUCUGGUCCUACAAAAGGAGAGGGGAAGGGCUGCUGUUUGGAAGCACACAGAAGCUGUUAUGCUUUACAUGUUACAUGUACAGAAGUCUGUAUUGAUACAAGUGAGAUAUAUUGUCCCAGUUUGAACCCUGGCAGAAGCAAGGUUUGUCAAUGCCCUCACCCUCCCACCCCCAAGACAGCCAAGACAGUAUUCACUUUGGCUGUUAACAUUAGGCUAGAACAGGGUUAGGCAACGUUUUUUGGCCGGAGUGCUGAAAAAACCACAAUGUCUACUUUGGAAGGUGCCGGAGUACCGACAUGCUGGAGCCCAGAGCAGCUAUUUGCAGCCUCCCGGCUGGAGCCAACCCACAGAGCCUGGUCUGCUUGCAGCAGGGCUUGCAGCCUCCCAGCCGCCUGCUGGGACUAGCCUGGGCUCCGUGGCUGGCAGCAGCUGCUUAGAGCCUGGGCUAGCAGUGGUGUGCCAAACAAAAUGGCCUUGUGUACCAUGCUCGGCACACGUGCCAGGGGUUGCUGACCCCUGGGCUAAAACAUAGGAUAGAAUUUAGCUAUGUAUUUUAAGCACUUCUGAAUUUUUUGUAGCCACAUUUCAGUGUUUUCACUUCGAUGCUUUACCUGUGAAAAGUUGAAGGGUGUUUUGAUGUUUUAGGCAUUUCAAAAGAUUGUAAGGGAGAGGGUUGGUCUCAAAAUUUUUAAGAACUGAUUAAACAAAUGCUUGUCUGAGAUGGUUUAGAGAGGGGUUAUCCUAUCUAAACCAAAUUGGUGCCUACCUUCAAGAAAGGGAGGAAAGUGGAUCCGGCUAACUAUAGGCCCAUCAGCCUGACUUUUAUCCCGGGGAAGAUCUUAGAAAAGUUUAUUAAGGAGGCCAUCCUUAAUGGACUGGCCGACGCCAACAUCUUAAGGGAUAGCCAGCACGGGUUUGUUGUGGGUAGGUCUUGCUUGACCAAUCUCAUUUCCUUCUACGACCAGGUGACCUAUCACCUGGACAAGGGAGAUGAGAUUGAUGUCAUAUAUCUUGACUUCAGAAAAGCCUUCGAUCUGGUGUCCCAUGAUCGUCUCUUGGAGAAACUGGCCAAUUGUUGCCUUGGGUCCUCCACGAUCCACUGGCUGGAAAAUUGGCUCCAGGGUCGGACCCAGAGGGUAGUAAUUGAUGGAAGUCACUCAUCGUGGUGUCCUGUGACCAGUGGGGUCCCCCAGGGCUCUGUCCUUGGACCCAUAUUGUUCAAUAUCUUCAUUAACGAUGUGGACACUGGAGUCAGAAGCGGACUGGCCAGGUUCGCAGAUGACACCAAACUUUGGGGAAAAGCAUCCACACCAGAAGACAAGCAGAUGAUCCAGGCUGACCUGGACAGGCUCAGCAAGUGGGCAGACGAGAAUCUGAUGGUGUUCAAUGCCGAUAAAUGCAAGUUUCUCCACCUUGGGGAAAAAAAACCCGCAGCAUCCUUAUAGGCUCGGCAGUGCUAUGUUGGCUAGCACUAUGGAAGAAAGAGACUUGGGGGUCAUCAUUGACCACAAGAUGAACAUGAGCCUGUAAUGCGAUGCUGCAGCUAGUAAAGCGACCAAAACGCUGGCUUGCAUCCAUAGAUGCUUCUCAAGCAAAUCCCGGGACGUCAUUCUCCCCUUGUACUCGGCCUUAGUGAGGCCGCAGCUGGAGUACUGCGUCCAGUUUUGGGCUCCACAAUUCAAAAAGGACGUGGAGAAGCUUGAGAGUCCAGAGAAGAGCCACGCGCAUGAUCAGAGGUCAGGGAAGCAGACCCUACGAUGACAGGCUGAGAGCCCUGGGGCUCUUUAGCCUGGAAAAGCGCAGGCUCAGGGGUGACCUGAUGACCACCUACAAGUUUAUCAGGGGUGACCACCAGUAUCUGGGGGAACGUUUGUUCACCAGAGCGCCCCAAGGGAUGACGAGGUCGAAUGGUCACAAACUACUACAAGAUCGUUUCAGGCUGGACAUAAGGAAGAAUUUCUUUACUGUCCGAGCCCCCAAGGUCUGGAACAGCCUGCCACCGGAGGUUGUUCAAGCGCCUUCAUUGAACACCUUCAAGAGCAAACUGGAUGCUUAUCUUGCUGGGAUCCUAUGACCCCAGCUGACUUCCUGCCCUUUGGGCAGGGGGCUGGACUCGAUGAUCUUCUGAGGUCCCUUCCAGCCCUAAUGUCUAUGAAAUCUAUGCUUGGGGAUAUAGUUGAGGAUGGUCCUGCUUUGAGCAGGGGGUUGGAUUAGGUGGCCUGAGGUCCCUUCCAAUCCUAAUGUUCUAUAAUUGUAUGAUCCUGCCUUCAGCAGGGGGUUGGCCAAGAUAAUCUCCUGAGGUGCCAUCCAGUCCUGCUUUCCUACUAGCAAUCCGUUUGUCUAUCAGAAUGAAUCACUGUAUGCCUUUUUGAAAGAUACAUGGUAGCAUAUGCAUUCCUAAUUUUGUGCUUUGUUGAAAUCUAGUAAUAAAAAACUUUAUUGCUAA